AUGCGGUCCAUUGCAGUGUCCCUUCCGGUGCUGUCUGGCAUCCUUGCCCUUGCCAUGGCCGGGGAGCUCCCUCUCACUCCGGUCGCCACGUAUCCUCCGGGUCGGCCAUCCGUCUUCGUCCUCACCCAAGUGCCCGCCAAGCCGACGCAAGCCGGCACGCCGACCAGCCCGGAGAAGUGCUCGCAGGUGGCCGCCCGCAUCACGCCGAAGCUGACGCCGCGCCCGACCUACCCGCCCUCGCUCAAGUCGAUGGCAGACAAGCUGGGCGGCGUGGACCGCGACACGUGCGGCGAGAUGGAUUUCCGAGCGCGCUUCCGGUCGGCCGGGUUGGACGAGCUGAACCGCUUCAACCAGGCGCGCCACUCGACGUUCAUUGUGCCAAUCUGGGCCAUGGUGGGGGAGUUGUGGGCCGCGUGUGGCGAACAGGCGCGCAAGAUGCCACAGGUGGCCCAGGAGCCGUGCUACCACUGGGCGCUCGAGCUCUCCAAGUCGUCGAACGCGUCAUUUGGCGGCGGUGUCAGUGCCAAGGGUAACGGCAAGGGGGAU